AAUACCAUUGCAGAUUGAAUCCAUACGAAUACAUGCAAAUUAAUACCAUUACAUGAUAAUCAAUAUCAAUGCAAAAAAACACUACCACUACGAAAAAAUCACUACCAAUGCGAAAAAUUCAGAUCUAGGGUUUUUAUUUCAUCCCACCUUAUUAGCACACGAUUACAGCCUGCUCGUCCUCAGUUCUAAGCUCCGGGUGAGGAAUUUCUUCCGCCGCGGGCAAAAAAUAAGGAUGAAUCGAGGACAAAGUUGGAAUCUCCGACUCCACUCUUCGGCCGCCCUCGCCGCCGCGACUCCCGUCUCAGUUGUGCCUCCUACGCUAACUUGUUUCUCUACGUCUCCUUCUCCCUUCAAGCGCCUUGUUCACUCGAGAUUUCGCGCUUGGAUUUGCCGGCAACGAGCUCGUCCGAUACCUCUCCCUGAUAAUUUGUACCGGAAAUUGCUCCCGUUCUCAGCAGAUUUCAGCGGUAUAUCUUCCGAGCGACUGUUUCAGCAAAAUGAUCCACUCCAUUGUUGCAUAGACGGGCGAAUUGGCAUGACCUUCAACAGGGACGCCGGCGGGGUGUGGGGGUGGGGUUGGAGUGGUCGGAGGGAGGGAGGGACGCCGGUUGUGGGGUGGGAGAAGGGAGAGACGGCUGCUAGGUAGAUAGGUAGUAUUAGGGUUUGAGUAUAAUAUAUAGAGUAAUUAGGUGUGGUAUGUUUUUCAUUUCCUAAAUUACCCUUAGCUAAUCUUAAUCGUUAAUUUAAAAAUAUAAUAAAAUAAAGAUAAUGAAUGGUAUAGAUGUUG